GUCAACUGUCACACACUCCUAGUUCGAAUAUGUUUGAAACUAAAUAUAGUAAAAUUGAAGCGAAUUAAAGAAAAUUUGCUCUGAAAUCAUGGCUAAAGCCAUCAGUGACGACAUCCAAACCGGCAUCAGAGACUUAAUCGUCUCAAUAACACCGUUCGAGGCGGGCUCUGAACGGUUCAACUCCCUCGAAAAAUAUGCUCUAAUGACGUUAGAAAAAUCCGACUCGAUGUAUUUCCUCAACACCAAAGACAUCAAAAAUGCCAUUUGGAGUAUGGCCGAAAAAUUUGCAUUUCAUGGUUUUUUCAAACAUGCUGAUUAUUUGAAAACCCUGCAUGAGAAAUACAUCAUUCCUAACCUUCCCGAAUCCGACUUAAAUUCCCGUUUGAACGUCGUCAAAUUCCUUCUUUGCAUGUCCCAAAGCCCCACUACACACUUCUGGGAAAGCCCCGAAAAAUUCCAGUUUAUUUACAACACCCAAGAGAGCGAAGUCCUUGACUGGGGGGCCUACUUAACCGAGGAUAUCGACCGAUGGUCACCUCUCCCGGACGAAAACUCCGACUCAGAGGACGAAACAACCCCCAGUCACCAAGAAGAAGCAACCACAAGUGUUAAAAGUGCCCCCAGUCGAGCCAUAAUCCCAAUGGCCCAACACAUCAAGGAGUACAACUUUCAGGAGUCACGCAAGAAACUCCUCAACACAAUCCAAACCGAUUGGUGGUCAAAACCAGUCAUAAUGGAACCUCCAAGUGACUGGUUUGAUGCCAAUGUGGGGCUCCUCUGGCACCAGCAUUUGCUCACCGAAGCCCGAGGGCUGGUCACUCUCGACCCCCUCACUGUCAUCUCCGAGUAUAAAGUCAUGAGGGAGAUUUUGUGGCAAAUGUGGGGCCCCCACAACUCGGUUGUUUUCCAACUCUCAGGCAACAAACUAGUGCCAAAACCAAAUGUCACGAUAUCCAGCAUUCGAGCGUCAUGUUUUUAUAAUUUCAUGGAGGCUUUUAUUCCUUACAUCCAAGUUUUGGACGAUUUCCGGCAAUUCUACCGGAAGUUGGAAACAAACGGAUCAGAAACGUACAAAAGUUACUCUUGUGGGGUCAAAAAUAUCGUCUGGAGGGUUUUUGAGGAGUUAGUCUUGCUGGAAAGCGAAAUAGCGGCUCAAGAGACAACUAUGACUUUGAUUAAGUUGUCCCAAAGAUUUGAAAUAAUGUUUAAACCAGUGUUUGUCUUGAAAGCGAUUCACAACGAGGUGAUUAUCGAUAAUUUUGGGGAUAAAACACCCCUAGAAUGUGCGUUGGUACUCCUGACUCGACUUCGGACAGGUUUAGAGUUCUCAGUAAAUAAAUUGGAACAAGAUAUUCGCCUUAGUUUGUACUUGGAAAGUAUUUAUUAUUAUUUAUUACUCACAGAAGCCUGGCUUGUUAAAAACGAUCUAUUUGACCACACCAACGAAUUUAUUGUUUUAAACGAAAAUUCAACUUUUGUCCUCCGGGCCGGUAUUGAAGAAUAUUGUGACCAGGACAGUAUUAUCAAAAUAAUCAGUAACGAAGUAUUGAAUAUGGGGCGCAAUAUGCACCUGUUACGCCUCUUGAGGAAGUACGAUGUUUUCACAAAAAAAUCAGAAACAAUUCAUCAGGAAUAUACGAGACGACUUUUAGAAGAAUUGUGCUCUUAUUAUUCCUGUGAACCCCCCAGUAUUAGAGUCGAAAGCCCCCAAUCACGACCAGUUGUCACCAGUUUUGAUUUAAACGGAAUGGGGGAUUGGACCAACUUUGUUGACACCACAGAUGGAUUCUUGAUGGAAGCGUUUAGUGAUUUUUUUUACGAGAAAGAGGAAAUUCCAAAAGAGGACACUCUCUAUGAGAAGAUCAGUAAAAUCACGACGAAUUUAUUUCCGUUUCGUUCACAUCCUGAGAAAAUUUUCCUUGAAAUUAUGAAAGAGAGAUUCAACAUUUCAGGUUUGAUGGUUAAAAAUCUCCUCAUUGAGAAAUACAAUUUGGAUAAACAGUUUGAUUUUUUGAAUCACAUUUUUCUAUUUAAUGAUGAUUUAAUAUUUCCAUUUUAUCGUCGCUUAUUUGAGAAAAUGAAUUUACGUCACAGCAAUUGGGGCAACAGUGUAUACUUGACCUCUCACCUCCAGGACAGUAUUAUGGACCUCUAUCCGAAUUUUUACGAGGAUUGUAUUGUCCAAAUCAAAGAUACGUGGAAACAAUGUCGUGAUUCGCUCAAAGCCUGCUCCCUUUUAACUCUCCAUUAUGAAAUCAAGUGGCCACUGAAUAUUAUCAUAACAAAUGAACAAAUAAUCAUGUACAAGGAGAUAUUUGAAGUCGUUUUGCAGGUCAAGUGGGCGCUGUAUACCGCUAAUCAUCUGUUUUUCACAGACAUCGAGCCAAAGAACAAAUCUUUUAAAGCUGUCGCCCCUAAAUCCACAAUAGAGCGCCUCAAAUACCUCCGUUUCAACCUGAUCAACAUUUUAAACAGCAUCCAACACUAUUUAUUCGGUUUCGUCUUUACCAAACACAGAAUCCAAUUCGAAUUGGAUUUCGAAAAGUCGAACGAUCUAAAAUCAUUAAUAACAUCCCACGAAGAAUUUAUCAAAUCCGUUUAUUGUUCAGUGAAAAGGAUUCGAGAGGAAAGUCGAAAUAAUCAUGGUUUUAAUACGCUUCUCAAAUGUGUGCGAAUGUUGAAAGUGAUGUGGAAUCAACCAGAUCAUGCCACAGGCGAAAACCUAAAUAAUUGUCAUAAAAUCUUCAAGUCGUCGUUUGAGGUUGUUAAUGAAACUGUUACUCCUAUUUUUGAUUUGUAAUUAAUAAAGAAUUAUUUUUGAUUA